UUAUCUAUAGAAAUUGAAGUUUUUUCCAGUUUAUCAAUGGAUGAAGCAGUAGCAGUAGCAGUAGGAGCUCUGGCAGGAGACGCAGUUUCUAAAUCAUCGGAUGCCAUCAUACAUGUGAUAAAGAAAUGCUGGCAAUUUAGAUCCAAGCUUACUCAAACAGAAGAAACAACAAAGAAAAGGAAGCAAAUCUUCACCGACAUCGAGAAACAAAAUAAUCUAUCGAAAGAGGAAACCGAUAUGUACAGGAAUCAUCUGAAAGAAGCAGAAGAAAUCGUUCAGAAAGGCAAGAAUAUGAAAUGGUAUUCCUUUAAGAGGUACCGUUACUCGUCGGAAUUGGACGAUUUGAAAGCGUCGUCGCUGAGAUUCUGUCAGAUCGAUGUUCCGUUGCAGGGGGUGAGGGAUACAAAGGAAGCUUUGGUGGUGGUGAAAGAUUUAAAAAAGGGAAUAGAGAGUUCCGGUAAUUGGUCGUCUGGUGUUCCAUUGCCAAAGGGGGAUGUUAUAGGAUCUGAGGAUCGAGUUAGAGCUUUGAAGGCGAUGGUGCUCAAGGAUUCGAAGGUUGAUGAUUGUUCAGUUGUAGUCGUUUCGGCUGGAGGAGGUUAUGGGAAGACUACUUUGGUAACAGAGCUCUGCCACGAUCCUGAUAUUCAAGAAAUUUUUGGCAGAAACAUCUACUUUGUUACCAUCUCAGAAGCCCCCAACAUAAAGCUUGCUGUAAACAAUUUACUUCAGAAAAACCAUGGUGGUCAUAAGCAGCUUCAUUUUGUUACGGAUGAAGAUGCGACCUGCCAAUGGGGGAGGUUUUUGGGUGAAAAUAAGUCUGAAAUACUGUUGGUACUGGAUGAUGUAUGGCAUGAAUCCAUUGUUACGGACUUCAAGUUCAAGUUACGUGGAUACAAGAUUCUGGUCACAUCUAGGAUGACCUUUACACAGUUUGAUACAUAUGAAUUGCAACUUUUGAAUAAUCAAGAUGCCACCAAGUUGUUUAGGAAUUCUGCAUUUUCCGUAGAUGGAAGCGAACGUAUUGAUAUAUCUGAUGAUCUUAUCAAAAAGCUGGUCAAACAUUGCAAGAAUCAUCCCCUGGCCCUUGUUGUGAUUGGUGGUUUGCUAAAGGGGAAAGAAGUGGCAACCUGGAAAUGGAUGUUGAAAAUUUUGUCUGCAGGGGAGAAAUCUAUUUUGGAUCUGCACAAGUCUAUUCCAGAUUGUCUAGAAAGGAGUUUAGUUGUGCUUGAGAAAGAACCUGCAAUCAGGCAAUGUUACUUGGACUUGGGAUUAUUUCCUGAAGAUCAGAGGAUAGCAGCUACAAUGCUUAUGGACAUGUGGGUCCAUUUAUACAAUCAUGAUGAAGAGGGAUUAGAUACCAUAAACAAGCUCACUGAGCUCUCCUCCAGAAAACUUGCUACACGGUUGCGAAUGAGGAAGCAACCUGCUAUAGCCAACUAUUGUGAGGAGGAAUCUGUUGUGCAACACGAUAUGAUGUGGAGGCUAGCUAAUAAAUUGAGCAGUAAAGAGCCAGUAGAGCGGUUGAUUAUAAAGGCAGAUGAACAAGUGCCUCCCCAAUUGCCUCAUACUGUCAACGCCCGUAUAUUGUCUAUUUCCACAGAUGAAAGAUUUUCUAUGAGAUGGAAUGACUAUCAAGUCCGUAAAGUGGAAGUUUUUGUACUGAACUUGAUGUCAAAAAUAUAUGACUUGCCACAGUUUGUGCAGAACAUGGAGAUAUUAAAGGUUCUAAUUGUUACAAACUACGGAUAUUACUUCUCACAGCUUCGGAACUUUCCUGCGCCGCAAUAUUUAUCUAGUCUAACCCGCAUUAGGUUGGAACAUGUUUCGAUAUCUUCGAUUAGUACAUCAUUACCAGAGUUGGUGAACUUGCAGAAAUUGUCCUUGAUCAUGUGCAAAAUAGGCAACAGUUUCAACGAAUGCUCAAUGCCCAACAAGUUUCCAAGCCUUUUGGAGAUCGAAUUGGAAUCUUGCGAAGAUUUAGUUACAUUUCCUGCAACGUUAUGCAAUCUAGUUGGCCUAAAAAAACUCAGCAUCACUAAUUGUCUUGAGCUGAUUUCAUUUUCUGAAGGAUUAGGAAACCUGACAAAUUUGGAAGUUUUGCGGCUUGCAUCAUGCUCAAAGCUCAUGGCAUUACCUGAAUCAGUGAUAGAACUUCAGAAAUUAAGCAUUAUUGAUCUAAACUACUGUUUACAUCUCUCCUUGUUGCCAUCGCGGAUAGGUGAGUUGGGUUGUCUACAAAUCAUUCAUAUGAUAGGUUGCACGGGGCUGGAUGAGCUGCCAUCUUCAAUUAAGGAUUCAUGUUCAUUGGAAGUGGUCUGCGAUGAAGAAAUCUUCCAAAAGUUAUGGAGUCAUCUCCCGAAUGUGAAAGUAAAAUUGGUAGAAGAAGAUAGAUUUGAUAUCUUCUGGAAGAUCGUCGCAAGAGAUAUGGAUGUUCAAUAAUGUAAGCAGGGCUGAAUUCUUAUAAGGAAACUAGAAAACCCAAGCACUGCUGCAACUACUUAUUGACACUGUCUGAUUAGCAUUGAAGUUUCCUCCCAAACCCGCAGAGAGCCAGCGAACAACAUGAUGCAUCAAACGAACAAGUUGCCUCAAGUUCUCGCCGAACACGGACGAAAGUCUGAGAUUUGGAAUCACUACAACUUGGUGGUCCUCGUGAACGAGAAAAGAAAGGCACGAUGCAAAAUGUGUCAAACUCUCCUACGUGGGAAGGAAAUUCUACCUUAAGGAUGCAUACCGAAAAAAACUUGCCCGGGGUUGAGGUCGGAGGGCGAUUCAAGUCAACUGAUACUUGACACUCGAGGUCAAAUAUGGUCGUAUGAUGCCGAGUUGAACCGACAAAUGACAACACAAUGUGUCAUUGAUUCAAGUCGGGUUGCCUUUCGGACAGUUCGACAACCCUCACGUUACGAAGUUGAUCCAAAAGACGCUACAACCACGAUACAAGCCGGUAAAUCGUCAAACUCUUAGACGUGAUGCAAUUAAAAUUUGGAAAAUAUGUCGAGCCGAAAUGCAACAAAUGUUUUCUGUUUUGCCUAACAAUAUUUCUUUAACAUGUGAUGUAUGGAGUGAACCAUACGGAUUGCCGGUUUCGUAUAUAUGCAUAACGGCACAUUAGGUUGAGCCUUCAUUGUGGCAUUUAUUCAAACGUGUAAUCGUGUUUGAACCGUUUGGU